CCUCGCCGAGAGACGGAAGCCGGCGGGGUCCGGGCAGGUCCUGGGAGCUCGCAGAGCGCAGGAUGAGCGACUCCAAGGUGAAGGUGGCCGUGCGGAUCCGGCCCAUGAACAAGAGAGAAUUUGACCUUCACACAAAAUGUGUCGUCGACGUGGAGAAAGAUCAGGUCAUCCUUUACCCCGCCAACAGCAACCUCUCCAAGGGGGAUGCCAGGAGCCAGCCGAAAGUUUUUGCGUACGAUCACUGCUUCUGGUCUAUGGACGAGUCUGUCACGGAGAAGUUUGCCGGACAAGAUGUUGUUUUCCAGUGCCUUGGUGAGAAUAUUCUCCAGAAUGCCUUUGAGGGGUACAAUGCCUGUAUCUUUGCCUACGGUCAAACCGGUUCAGGGAAGUCCUACACAAUGAUGGGCACAGCGGACCAGCCCGGCCUGAUCCCCAGACUGUGCAGCACCCUCUUCGAGAGAACUCAAAAAGCUGAGAACGAUGAAUUGAGCUUUAAAGUGGAAGUUUCUUAUAUGGAAAUCUACAAUGAGAAAGUCCGCGAUCUGCUCGACCCCAAAGGAAGCAGACAGUCGCUCAAAGUUCGGGAGCACAAAGUUCUCGGUCCGUAUGUCGAUGGACUGUCUAAACUGGCGGUCUCCAGUUACAAGGAUAUUGAGUCUUUAAUGUCAGAAGGGAACAAAUCCCGCACGGUGGCAGCGACCAACAUGAACGAGGAGAGCAGCCGGUCACAUGCGGUUUUCAACAUCAUCCUCACACACACCAUCAGCGACGUACAGUCUGGGACCUCAGGUGAGAAGGUGAGCAAGCUGAGCCUGGUGGAUUUAGCCGGGAGCGAGAGAGCCACAAAGACUGGAGCAGCCGGGGAGCGACUGAAAGAAGGGAGCAACAUUAACAAGUCCCUCACCACCCUGGGGCUGGUCAUCUCCGCGCUGGCAGACCAAGGGGCUGGCAAGAAUAAGAAUAAGUUUGUUCCGUAUCGGGACUCUGUGUUAACGUGGCUGCUGAAAGACAGUCUGGGUGGCAACAGCAAGACCGCCAUGGUCGCGACGGUCAGCCCAGCUGCCGAUAACUACGACGAGACCCUUUCCACACUGCGGUACGCCGACCGGGCCAAAAACAUAGUCAAUCACGCCGUGGUGAAUGAAGACCCCAACGCCCGCAUAAUCCGGGAGCUGCGCGAGGAGGUGGAGAAGCUGAGGGAUCAGCUGACGCAGGCCGAGUCCAUGAAAGCCCCGGAGCUGAAGGAACGGUUACAGGAGUCAGAGAAGCUCAUCCAAGAGAUGACUGUUACAUGGGAGGAGAAGCUGCGGAAGACGGAGGAGAUCGCUCAGGAGCGGCAGAAGCAGCUGGAAAGUCUUGGAAUUUCACUGCAAUCCUCAGGGAUUAAAGUCGGAGAUAAUAAAUGUUUCUUAGUUAAUUUAAAUGCAGAUCCUGCCCUCAAUGAACUUCUGGUUUAUUAUCUUAAGGACCACACGCUCAUAGGAUCUGACAACUCGCAGGACAUCCAGCUCUGUGGGAUGGGAAUCCUCCCCGAACACUGCCUCGUAGAUAUUUCCACCGAAGGACAAGUCAUAUUAACGCCAAUGAAAAACGCCAGGACGUUAGUAAAUGGCUCAGUGGUCACCCAGCCCACCCAGCUGCAGCACGGGGACCGCAUUCUCUGGGGCAACAAUCACUUUUUAAGGAUAAGUUUACCAAAGAAGAAGAAGGCGGAGCGGGAGGACGAGGAGCGGGAUACCAGUAUGCGCAACAGCAGCAGCUUCGAGCAACUGGACGCCGACGGGGACUCAUCCAGUGAGGUCUCCAGCGAGGUCAACUUCAACUAUGAGUACGCCCAGAUGGAGGUCAUGAUGAAGACUCUAGGAAAUAACGAUCCCAUGCAAUCAUUGCUGCAGACCAUGGAGCAGCAGCAUGAAGAGGAGAAGCGCACAGCGCUGGAGCGCCAGAGGCUGAUGUAUGAGCAUGAGCUGGAGCAGCUGCGCAGGAGGCUGUCCCCAGAAAAGCAGCAUUAUCGCAGCUCCGACAGGUUCUCCUUUGGGUCACCCAAUGCCCAACAGCGCAUCAGGCAGUGGACUGAAGAGAGGGAGGUGAUGCUACAUCACAGCUUAUCCAAGCUCCGGGAACAGAUCGCCAAAGCAAACAUGUAUGUCCAGGAGGCCAAUUUCAUUGCUGAUGAGAUGGACAAGAGGACAGAGUACAAAGUGACCCUACAGAUCCCGGCGUCCAGCCUGAACGCCAACAGGAAGCGUGGGGAAGUUCUGAGUGAACCGGCCAUCCAAGUGAGGAGGAAGGGGAAAGGCAAACAGAUCUGGUCCCUGGAGAAGCUGGAGAACCGUCUGGUAGACAUCAGAGACCUCUACCAAGAGUGGAAAGCGUGUGAAGAGGACAGUCCUGUGAUCAGGGCGUACUUCCGUCGUGCCGACCCUUUCUAUGACGAGCAGGAGAAUCACAGUCUCAUUGGGGUUGCCAAUGUGUUUUUGGAGUCCCUCUUCCAUGAUGUGAAGCUGCAGUAUGCGGUGCCCAUCAUCAAUCAGAAAGGAGAGAUCUCAGGGCGUCUGCACGUGGAGGUUGUCCGGGUCAGUGGGGACAUCGAUGAGCGGAUAGCCGGUGGCGAGGACGGAGAUGCAUCCAGCGACAGCAAAACUCAGGAGCGCAAGCUAGUCUGUAUGGUUAAAGUCCUACAGGCCACUGGUUUGCCACAACAUCUUACCAACUUUGUCUUCUGCCAUUAUACUUUCUAUGAUGAACCGGAGCCGAUCAUUGUGGCCCCUGAAGUUGACCCUAGUACAUCGUCUCCUAUCAGUAAGGAGCCCCAGUGCAUGGUCGUCUUUGAUCACAGUAAAGAGUUUUCCGUUAACAUCACAGAAGAUUUCCUGGAUUAUUUAGUCGAGGGUGCUUUGGCCAUUGAAGUUUAUGGACACAAAGCGAGUGACCCACGUAAGAAUCCUGCCCUGUGGGAUCUGGGAAUUAUCCAGGCGAAAACGCGUAGCUUGCGAGACAGGUGGAGUGAGGUCACCCGGAAGGUUGAAUUGUGGGUCCAGAUCUUAGAACUGAAUGAAAAUGGAGAGUUCUGUCCUGUUGAAGUCAGUGCAGCCAAAGAUGUUCAAACAGGAGGCAUCUACCAGCUGAGACAGGGUCAGUCUCGGCGUCUGCAGGUGGAGGUGCGAUCCGUGCAAGACUCGGGAACACUGCCUCUUAUAGAAGACUCCAUACUGUCCGUGUCUGUGGGUUGUGUGAAAAUAGCGCAUACCAAGACUGGCAGGAGUCAAGAUGGGCAUCAGGAUGGCGGAGAGGACAUUGACAGCUACCAGGACCGGGAUUUGGACAGACUGAAGAGGAAAUGGUUGAACGCUCUGACCAAGCGCCAGGAGUACUUAGACCAGCAGCUGCAGAAGCUCGUCAGCAGACAAGAUAAGACUGAAGAUGAUUCAGAACGCGAGGCCCAGCUCCUGGAGAUGAGACUGACUCUGACUGAAGAGAGGAACUCCGUCCUGGUCCCCUCCGCAGGGAGCGGCAUUCCUGGAGCGCCAGCUAAUUGGACUCCAGUGUCAGGGAUGGAAACUCAUAUACCUGUUAUUUUCCUGGAUCUUAAUGCGGACGAUUUUAGCUCCCAGGACAACCUUGAUGAACCAGAAGCGGCCGGGUGGGACGCAACACUGACCAGUGAAGAGGAAGACGAGUUCUUUGAUCUACAGAUUGUCAAACAUCAUGACACAGAGGUGAAGGCUGAAGCCUCGUGGGAUUGCACCGUCCACAACUGCCCCCAGCUUAGUAAAGGAUCCUCAGCGGAUGAGCGGGUUUUCCUUAUCGUGCGAGUAACGGUUCAGCUCAGCCAUCCCGCCGAGAUGCAGCUGGUUCUGCGGAAGCGGAUAUGUGUGAACAUCUACAGCCGCCAGGGAUUUGCUCAGAGUUUCCUAAGGAGAAUGUCUUCAAGAAGUAACAUCACAAGCUGCGGCGUUACUGUCGAAAUAGUCUCCAAUAUCCCUGAGGACUCUCAGGGAGCAGAGGACCGGGAAGCCCUGGCAAGAAUGGCUGCAGACGUGGACUAUGACAACUCCACAGCUUACAUUGAGAAGUACUUACGCAGCGUUCUGGCCGUAGAGAACAUCCUCACCCUGGACCGGCUCCGUCAGGAGGUGGCAGUAAAGGAGCAGCUAUCUGGAAAAGGGAAACUGAGCAGGAGAAGUCUAAGUUCCCCCAACGUCCACAGGUUAUCAGGGAGUCGAGGGGAGUUGGGGGCGCAGCACAAUCUGGCGGGUAACAGAGGUCGAUGGGAGAGCCAGCAAGACGUGUCCCAGUCCUUAACCCUGUCCAACCGGAGCAGCACCUCACCCCGACCUGCCACAGCUGCGGGAUCGGGGCACAACCAGUCUCAAGACUCGGGUCACGAUACAUCAGUAUCGUCCUACUUGACCCCUGUCAAAUCCUUUGUGCCUCAGAUGCCCAAACUCCUUAAAUCUCUACUUCCUCAACGGGAUGAGAAGAACAGGCCCCCGGGAACCUUGGUGGUCCCUCAGGCCGUCCCUCGGAUUAUCGUCCAGUCUGCCAGUAUCGAGGACAGCGCCUUGAAGCCUAAGCCGGCUAACCAUGAGGAAUUGACUGUGGUCCGUCAACCAGUGAUUGCCCGCUCCCCAGUACAAGAUAAGAAAAGUGACAAGACACCAGUAGUGCCUUCCCAACCAAAAGUCUGUGAUUCUCCAGGACAAGAGUCCCAGGAAGGACCUCCAAGCCCACUCAGUGAAGCUUCGAGUGGAUACUUCUCCCAUAGUGUCUCCACAGCCACGCUAUCAGAGGCAUUAAACACGGGAAGUGAAGUGCCUACAGGACAGCCAUUGAGUCCAUUGGCCACCGAUAUUAGCUUGGCUAUAGUACCUACCUCCCAGGAGCCUGAGAAAGACCAUACUGGCAAGCUGAAUGCAGUAUCUGCUCACGAUAAUCUCUCAAGCAAGCCAGAGCCCUUGAAGGAGCUGGAGAAACCGGUUCUCACCAAAGACUCAAAUUACAAGGAAUAUCAGGACUUGAGUUCUAGCAACACACAUGAUACCAAGCCAUAUCCAAAAACAUCAACUGUUGAUGUCAUGUAUGUUCCCAUAAGCUCCGGAGGAUGUCCAACUGUAGACCUCUCCGUUCCUUCCCAAGACAAGCCCCUAGCAACAAGCUUGACAUCUUCUGAAAACCAAGACCCCAAGGAUUCUUCUGCACCAGGACCCAGUGAACACUUACUCCAAAGUAAAGUUGUAAUGUCACCUUUCAAAAUACAAAAGGUGAAAACAUCCGAGCUGAGGUCCUUCACACGGAUGCUCGGAGAUGAAACGCCAAGCUCCGAGAAGGUGGUGGGAACAGAUUCUAUAUUAAAGGGUAGUCAGGAAAAGUUACAGGACCAAGUGGGAAGUGGCGAAGACCCAUCGGAAGCAACCUCUGACACGGAGGAGUCUCAGGAGGUUCCUGAGUGGUUGAAAGAGGGAGAAUAUGUGACCGUUGGGACCAAUAAGAACGGUAUCGUAAGAUACGUUGGACCCGCAGACUUUCAGGAAGGAAUGUGGGUCGGUGUGGAGCUUGAUCUGCCUGCUGGCAAAAAUGACGGCUCUGUCGGUGGCAAACACUACUUUAAAUGCAACCCAGGCUAUGGUGUCCUAGUGAGACCUAACAGAGUGAAAAAAGCUACUGGUACUGCCCGGAGAAGAAGUGCUGGAUUGCGUUUGCAGGGAGGAACAGAAGACAGGAAAACUGGGAGCUUGUCCGGAUCUGCUGGAAAUCUCGCAGCAUUGACCGCCUUGGCCAAGCCCGAUAGAGCCGCUAACUUGAAGGCGGAUGCCCGUAAAAAGACGGAGAACAGAAAGUCAUGGGCUAAUUAAUCUACAACACACUACAAGAUGGUCAUCAUCUUCAGUGACUGUCUUCUUCACUACUAAUUCUAUGCUGUUCCUGCAGGUACAUCUGCUUAGAAAGUAGAUGAUGCAGCACCGGUACGGUAUUUUUAUCUCCACACCAGUGACCAAGGCUCAGCUCCGAUCCAAUUAUGCUUGUCAUAGUGUAAAAUCCACACCAUGCAGUUAUGAUGGCAUGGCCGAGCCCGUGAGGAGUGGAGAGCCUCCCAAAUGCCAUUCCUCAAUUUUUUUUAUAUUUUUUCUCCAACCAUCUAACAUAUACUGUAUGUGAAUCUACAUGUAUAUAUGUGUAUGUGUAAAUAUGUUCUAUACAUACAUUGUAUGUUAUUAAGGCAGGCAUCAUGCUGAUCCAUGAUCCUGUCCGACCUCUCAGACCAACACUGUGGCUUCUUCUUAGUCAUUUUGUCACAACCGCAAUCGGAGAGAAAUCUGACAAAAGGGAAAAUAGACUGGGACCAGUAUGUGUCCAGUUACGUCUGUAUGUAUACAUGUAUAUAGCAGGUUAUUAGUAUACAUAUACGUGGUUGGAAUUUUGGAAAGUGUAAUGUGCAAUGAGAAGCAAAGGCAGUCAUGUCAUACACAAAAUUUUACCUUGGCCAAUGUCCAUAAAUGGCUUCCCUGUAGGCCCAGUAUACAUGCUCUUAUUUUUGUGGUCAUAUGAUCCUUGUGUUAUGUUAAUGUUGUUUGAUUUAAGCAGUUUUUAUUUGUGUAAUCCCACUAUUACCACAGUUGUGGAUAAGACCACUCUCGUGUUUUUUUUAGGAGGAUUUGCAACAAUGAUUGAACUAUGAUCUGAUUAAUAAUGCAGGUGGGAUUGGUAUGGCUUGAGUGUUACUAAGAUGUUCCUCCAGCCUGCCCUGCCUAAUAUCCACAGUUGGGUGAACUAUUCCUAUUAGUCUGUCUUUGAGGUGAGAGCAAAGAAGGAGCAAGGAGGUUUUAAAGGACUCAACCCACAUGUUGUCUCUUAUUACCAUAGUAAUUAGAUUUAUAUAUGGAGAGCCUCUUGAGUACAAUACAGUCACUUAUCUCCUUAGCAUGUUAUUACGACUGCCUUUCUGUACUUUAAGCAUGGAGAAUGUUCUUCAUGUGACAACUAUGAAAGCACAAAAAUGUUCUAUAGAAGGUGGAGGGUCUUAUAUUUAUGUUAUUUAUGGGUGGUGGGAUGUGAUGAAGGGUAAUAGAAUCAUAUUAUUGGAGAUGGGGGGGGGGGGUGCGAUGUACAAUCUAACAGUUCUCUGUUGAUGACCACUACAACGCUCACUUGGUUAGAUUUUAAGGCAAGUGUGUCGUGACCAAAUCCCAUGUCAAAGGCUUGGCAAGGACAAGAUGAGACUUUUUGUUCUACAUCAUAAGCCAAGACCUAGUAUGCAGUUCAAGAAGAGCCGGUAUCUCUGGUGAAAGAUAGAAAGGGAUAAUACAGAACCUCUCAGCUACUUGACCUUUCAGAAACACCCUCUGUACUAAUACUGGUAGCAUCAUUUAUAGCUACAGCAAUCCUUGUUUAUCUCUGUACUUUGUAGACCCUUACCUGGUGUAGACCCUCCUGAGCUUACUGCACUCGUCUACCUCCACAUUGGAGGCCAUUUUGUCCACAACCUGGUGACUCUACUACUCUUCACACUUACAACAUGUCUAAAUGAUAGGUACAUUUUGAUGAUUUCACUUUAAAAAAUAAAAUAGAAUGGCCAUCAUCGACCUAGUAUUGAUCACAACCUUGCACUUGUUACACUAUAGAUAUGAUGCCACUGAAAAGCCUCAGGUUGGGGACCAUUGCUGUAGAUCAACAUCUUCUCCACUGAUGGUGUCACACUACGAUUCGCCUUCGAGCUUGCACUGUGAUAUCCACUAGUAUAGCACUUUCACCAGCACAGACGUCACUAAUGCAUAUGGAUCUAGGCAUGGUCGACAUGUGGAGAAGAUCAGGACCAAAUGUGAAAGCGGUGGGGGGUGUAAAUUAGCUUGCAGUUGAUUCCAAGGGCAAAUAAUAGCACAAAAAUGUGGCAUAUUUCCUAUAAAGUGCCUUAACCCUUUAGUCCACUUCAGACAGUAGUGGUGGCAGCUAUGGAGACUACAACGUUUUACAAAUUGGAGAUAGGUAGCUUUAGUGAUGGACCUCAUGGAUGUCUGGAACUUUCAAGAAAGGGUCAUUAACUCUUUAGUCAAGCCAGUCAAUAGGUCAACAUUGUCUGUUGUGAGAGAAGCUAAUUUGUAGGCACAUGGUCCCCUGGAUUUAUCUGGUCCUGUCUUAGGACAAUUACAUAUGCUUUGUAAAAAUCCUCUGCUGUCAAAUGGUGACAGCAAUCUACGGCUAUAGUUAGAUGGCUACUUGAGUUGAAUAUCAAAGGUCAAAAGAGCUCAGUUGUUUUGUUUUUUCUCUUAACUUCUUAAAUUAAAACAUUUUUGUAAACUUCUGUGGAUAGUAAUAAGUCAAGUUUCAAAAGAAGUUCCAUUUGAGGCCUCCUUCUGUACGUGCUUCUUGGUUGUCCGCUACUUCAUCACCCUCUAGCAUUCCUGUAGCUCAUCACGUUGCGUUCGGACACUUUGACCUAUCUAGUGUCUGAGAUGGUUGAGACCAAUUGUGAAGACCACCUGUCCUUUGUCUUCUUAGAGAUGUCCCCCAAUCCUAACAGAACCCCCACAUAUUUUGUGUAUUUUGUUUUUAGCAUGAUAGUAGUGUAAUAUUGUUCCAUCUUACAUCUCUGCCAAGUAUCUGUUGCAAAACCACACUUGCCUUUCUGUUGAGAUGCUCCUUUUGAACCACUUAUAGAUGGAGCACGCAUAGACAAGACUGUCACCCGAUGUUGCCCAUAUCUGGACUGUAGUGAACUGGCAACCACUGUAAUUUGGGGCAAUUUUGCUCCAUGCCAGAGCUGUGGUGUAUCCCCUGUGUUUAUAGCCCCCCCAUCCCGAGAGGAGGUUAGAAGGUAAAAGCGAUCUGUACACUAUCUGGUGGAAGUAGCUUUUAAAUUCCUUUGUACAUAUUUUAACGCACUUUACUUGACCUUAAUCAGCCAUACGUGGUUAAAAUCAAGCAAAAAAAAAAAUCAAAAACAUCUCAUGUCAUAUUAAAAACAUUUGUGAUUUUUUUUUUAUUUUAUUGCUUGCACUGAUGCUGCUGCAGUUUUAGAGAUUUUCUACAUAUAUGAAUAGAUUUAAUUUUUUAUUGUCCAGUGAUAGCUGGAGCCUGCAACCCACUGCCACCAAUCGGGAAAUCUUUAUGGGUGCAGAGCCCAAGGAAGAUAAAUUAUGCUUGGUUAAGUUAUAUCUUGAAGUUUUGACCUGCCAGGGUUGGACUUGAGUGUUUUGAGCAGGGGCGGAGACUAAUGACAUUGUUCAACCCAUGCUUAGAGUUCACACCCCGUGAGAUUCUUGACCUUUCAACUCGUUGAACAUCUAACACUUUCAAUGAGGGGAGGAGAAAUCCAUGGUCCUCAAGGUUUAAAGCCAAACUCCAUUAGUGGGCCCUGUUGUCUCCAGAGGAGGGGAUCGAGGCUAAAGACAUGACCCCCCCCCCCCUCCCCUCUGUUUUGUUGUCACUUAAUAUGAGAUACGUUCAGCUGUUCAACUAGCCGGGCAUCUCAGGCUUUUACGAGGUGGGAAACUGAUCCUACUAUGUUCAAAGCUGAUGGACCAGGCUGGCCCUCAAGCAAUGUCUGGAUGGCACAGUCUCCCCCUGAUGGCUGCCUUAUUUCUACAUUCCAAAAAUAUCAACCCACUCUUCUUUUUCUUGUUUUUCACCAUAGCCCUCACCCACGGCGGCCUUCAUGAACAUAUCUGCUUCUUUUUGGCAAUACUAAUUCUAAUGUGCCUUAAUUUUCCUAGAUAUUUUUAGACAAUUAAACCUUUUUAUACUUGCAGUUGGGCAAACGAGACUCCAUACGUCUACACUGGGGCCCUUGUUUUUCAUUUUGUCUUUUUUUUGUGCUUUUUUCUUUCUUUUCCCCUUUUCAUUACAGAAAUGAAAUUCACUGAGUUUUUUUUCUAGGAUUUGAUUAAAUUAGUACAUUUGCAAAUCAAGCAGCUGGCACAUAAAAGUAACGAUGUAAUAAUGGCGCCUGGAAUCGGCUCUCUCCCGGCUUAGUGUUGUGGUAUUAAAAAAAAAAAAAAAACUUUUCUUGCCUCGAGAUUCCGACUCCCGUGUCCCUUAUUUGCUCGGCCAUAAAGGGUUGUACCGAGAGCCGCUGUGUAGUAAUUAGCACCGUGAUCUAGUUACCGUAUAUCUUAAUAAGUUUUUAUGUUUUACGUCUGUUGAGAGGGACAGGCCGUUUUUGUUUUGGGUUUGAGCUGGGACUUGUAGUUCCUCCGCAUAUCGGGAAUGCACAGCUUGUCACCUCUAUAGUUUGUUUAGUGUUGUAGCUUCUAACCACUUCUCAAUGUUCACAUGAUUUGUGUUUGGGCCGGAGAUGUCCUCAAGAAUUUUUGGACAAUGAAUUAUAGAUUUUUUUUAAAAAUAAAAGAGCUGAAUUCCAAAGAGAUGUCCAAGUAGAAGAAGCGGAUCUGGACUUCUGAUGCAAAACAAUCUUCACUUUAUGGCCAUAAACAAAAUACAGGCAGAGGUGACGCGUUUCAGCAUUGCUUCGUUAGGAAAAAGGUGGUGUAGCCGAAACGCGUCACAUCUGCCUGUAUGUUUUUGAUUUGCAUCAGAAGCGAGUACUGACCCGCUUCUUCUACUUAGAUGUAUGGACCCGCGACCCAGGAGACGAGCACCACCUCCUUCCAGUGUGCCGACUGAUUAUCUCUACAAAGAGACAUCCAUGAAAUUUGAGAAUUUUUAAAAAAAGAAAGUUAUUUUAUUGUAUUAAACUGCUGUACGAUGCUCAACGAUGUCCAAUUAAUAAACUUUUUUAAACUUG